AUGCCCAACCCAACCAGGGCCAGGGACAAUGUUUUGUCGAGACGUGAGAUCGAAGGCAUGAUUGCCGAGGACAAAUUGAUUGUCAUUGUCGACGACAAAGUCCUCAGACUGGAUGCUUGGGUCAAAUUCCACCCCGGAGGCGACAUGGCCAUUAAGCACAUGGUGGGCAAAGAUGCCACGGACGAAGUGAACGCACUACAUUCGCAGGAGGCUCGUCAACAAAUGAGCAAAUUUCAAAUCGGCCGCAUCGAGGGGAGAUGGACCAGCUUUCUUCCUCCCAUUCAAGGCGGCAUUUUCCGUCCAUACUGCGAAAACGAAACAAACGAAGAGGAUCUGUCGAGUUCAGAGCUAUCAAGUGACGAAGCCUCAGUCUUCGAAAGCAAAGAAGACACAUUUGGCUUGAGGCGCAGGCUAUCAGUGUCGUCCAUGUCCUCCACAGUCAGCGCCAGUCCUCUACCAGUCGAAGAAAGCAAGCCGGGACCCUGUGUGAUUGACGCUCUGACCAAGGAGGGAAUCCUAUUGGAUUUGUCGAAGUACCCUUCUCUCGAUGCCGGGCACCAGGAGAACAUCACCCAGAAAUACCGUCAGCUUGACAAGCGGAUUCGCGCGGCCGGACUUUAUAACUGCAACUACUAUGCCUAUGGGAUUGAAAUAUGUCGAUACGCUCUUCUUUUUGGUCUCUUUGUCUUCUUCUUGAAACGAUCCUGGUUCUGUCUGUCCGGUUUCUUCCUCGGGUGCUUCUGGCAUCAACUGGUCUUCACCGCUCAUGAUGCUGGUCACAUGGGUAUCACCCACGAUUACCAGAUUGACUCUGUGAUUGGGAUGAUCAUUGGGGACUACCUAGGCGGACUGAGUGUAGGUUGGUGGAAGCGAAGCCAUAAUGUCCACCAUAUUGUUACCAAUACGCCAGAGCACGAUCCUGACAUUGAACUGAUGCCUUUUUUCGCUUUGUCGCACCGGUUCUUUGCCAGUCUGCGCAGCACAUACUAUGAUCGGGUCAUGGCAUAUGAUGCGGUGGCGAAAUGUGCGGUCAAGUACCAGCACUACUUGUACUAUCCCAUCCUCCUCUUCGGCCGUUUCAACCUCUACUACUUGAGCUGGGAGCACAUCUACGUCGGCCGUGGCCCUAGAAAUGGUGCUGGCUGGUGGCACCGUUGGUUCGAGCUGGCUGGCCAAGUGUUCUUCUGGGCCUGGUUCGGCUAUGGUGUUGUCUAUCUGAGUAUACCAAACUGGUGGAGUCGGAUUGCCUUCGUGCUGAUUUCCCACAUGGUCACUGCACCACUGCAUGUGCAGAUUACUCUCUCGCACUAUGCCAUGUCCACUGCGGAUCUCGGUCCUCUUGAAUCCUUCCCCCAGAAGAUGCUCCGGACAACCAUGGAUGUGGAUUGCCCAAGGUGGCUAGACUUCUUCCAUGGCGGACUCCAAUUCCAAGCGGUUCAUCACUUGUAUCCCCGCAUCCCUCGCCACAAUCUACGCAAGACACAGGAGUUCGUCAAGGAAUUCUGUGAAGAGGUGAAGAUUCCGUACGCGGUAUUUACCUUUUACGAUGGCAACAAGGAAGUUAUCGGGCGACUUGGCGAGAUUGCGAAGCAGGCGAGGAUCUUGGAGGAGGGUCGGAAAGCGUGUGCUGAACAUGGGGUCUUUUCGGAUCACCACCAUUCGCACUGA